AUGGAGGCGAAGCGCUCGCAGCUGAUGGACCGACUGACCGCGAAGGACGAAGCGCGCCGAGCGGACGCGGACGCGCGCAGGGCGGAGGCGGAGCGCGCGGCGGACCCGCGCGAGAACGUCGACGCGUUCCUCCGCGCGUUCGAAGAUCGCCGCGUCGCCGUCCUCGCCGCGGUCGACGCCGCGACGGCGGCGCACCCCGACGCGGGCGCGGACGCCACGCGCGAGACGCUCGACGCGCUUCUUAAAGAUGCGCUCGAGAUGGAGAAGUCCGUCGCGGAGGCGUCGUACUUCCUUCCGCCGUACGACGCGCGCGCGUGCGCGGCGGCGACGGAGACGACGAAGGGCGUCGUGCAGUCGACGCAGGCGACGCUGCUUCCGAAGAAGAAGUUCUCGUUCUCGUCGCGGAAGAAGAAGGAGAAGGCGAAGGAGGUGGAGGGGGGAGAGAGGGAGAAGGAGGUCGGCGAGGUCGAGCGCGACGUCGAGCGCGCGAAGGCGAACGCGCGCGGCGACUCGGCGGCGGCGGCGUCCGCGGCGGCGAAAUUAGCCGCGUUGACCGCCGCCGCGGACGACGGCCCCGGGCUGCGCGACCUCACCGGGGAGACGUGCGUCGUCACCGCGAGCGAGCUCCGCGAGGCGAACGGCACCGGGGCGGGGGACUACGUCCUCGUGAACCUGACGGACGUCACCGUGUUCAUUCUCGGCGCCGUUCGAGCGUUGCGGUGCCAUAAUUUAAAAAACGUGCGCGUCUACGGCGGUCCGGUGGAAGGCAGCGUCCACGCGCAAGGGCUCGACGGGUGCCACCUCGAGAUCGCGACGCGACAGAUGCGCAUACACGACGCGAGGAACGGGACGGCGUUUUACCUGCGCACCAAGUCGCGGCCGAUCAUCGAGCACAGCACCGGCGUCGGGUUCGCGCCGUUUACGUUUUCGUACGACGGGUCAGAGGACGCGUUGGCGCGCGCGGGCAUGGAGCCCGACCCGGGGACGUGGCGAGAGGUGGACGACUUCGGGUGGAUCAAGCAGCAGCAGUCGCCGAACUGGAGGAUCAUCCCGGAGGAAGAGCGCGUCGCGCCGCCGCCGGCGCCGUAGCGCGAGCUCGUUCAGGCGAAAAGAAUGAAUGACAAAAAAUAGCUC